UAGAUCGAUCAAAGUCGGUCACAAUGGAAAAACCAGUAGAAGAAGGAACUAACGAAAACCCCAAUCACCAAAAUUGGAGUGAGCGGGUGGAGGAUCUGUUGGCUUCCGGUGACUCUGAGCAGGCUAUCGCUCUGCUCGAGUCGGUCGUUUUGAAGCUCGAAACCCUAACACAUUCCGAGACGGCGGAUCUCUUACUGGCGUCCGCUCUCACUGACCUGGCUAAACUCUACUCCUCCAGAUCAUUCUCACUCAAAUCGGACGAACUACUCUCUCGCGCUUCCGUGCUCAAACAACGCGCCAUCCGCAACCGCCAUUCCAGUUCUGUACAGAAUGUGGACGAAGAUUCGAGAAAAGAAGAUGAGGCAUCGUCCUCUGGUGUUGGUUUGGAUUGCAAUAAUUUAUCGGUCUCUGGUGAUGGACAUCGUGUAAGAUCAACUGGCGAUCCGAAUUAUGAAGAGACUACAGAUGACGGGGCUGCAGAAGAGGAUUGGGAGGCUAUUGCAGAUCGUGAUCCUGAAGAAUUGCUUUCCUCACAAUGCUUACCUGGAGUAUCAAAUCUUACAUUAGAAGAAACCAAAAGUCAGACCCCUAAGCGACGUGGAAGGGGUACAUUUGCAUACACGAAACACGAAUUGUAUAGUGAACAACCAGUUGAUUACUCUAUUCUUGAUGAUGUAAACACUGAAAGUGUUUCCAGUCUAAAAGAGGAGAACACUCCACUAAAACACUCAAAAUAUGGUACCAAACAUGUUCUCGUUUUGGCCGAUUUUUCUCCAACUAUGAGCACAUUUGAUCUGGAGAAGCUUUUUCAGGAGUUCAGCGAUCGUGGGUUCGCUAUUCGUUGGGUCAAUGACACGACAGCCCUUGCUGUAUUUAGAACACCAUCAAUUGCUCUUGAGGCGUUCAACUCUGUUCAAUGUCCGUUCGCAGUACGUAUACUCGAUGAGAAUGAUAUCCUCAUGAGCUCAAUCUCAUCAGGAGAUUUGGAACCUCCUUGUCAAAGGCCACAGACAUCAGUGAGAACUGCUGAAAGGUUGAUUGCCCAAGGAAUGGGAUUGAAGUUUUCUUCUACAGCUUUUGGCUCCCGAGACCUAAAAAGCCAGGAAGAAGCUAGAAAGAAUCGCAUUACUACGAGGCAAAAAUUGAGAGAUGAAGCUUGGGGUGAUGAUUAAAAAUUACUCUUGUAUCUCUCUUAUGCUUCGUCUUUUGAUUUAAAUAUGGAUCAUAUUCAUCUCUAGCACAUUUGUUGUAUGAUGAAGUAGAUGAUAUAGAUUUUGGCACUUGAUAAAGUUUUCGACGGGUUGGACUGUCCAGUAAGAAAUGAUAGAAAAAGCAGUGUGGCGACGGGGAUUCAUAGCUGUUCCUAAGAAGAUGACGGGGCCAAGUCCAAUGGGCCAGGUGGGUUGGGCUGAAUUAGACUAAUCCGGGCCUGGCCUUGCCUUAAAUGUAUUAAAAGCCUUGUUCGUUUUGCAGUCUGAUGGAUUAAUUUAAUUGACA